AUGCAGAUUGCUCUCAAGCAACCACCUAAACCUAUAGCUGAGAUACCUUCUAGUGAGACUAUAGGCUUAGACUUGAUGGUCCACAAAGUAUGGAAUUCUCUUGACGAUGAGAGUGUUGGAGUAAUUGGUUUAUAUGGAAUGGGUGGGGCCGGAAAAACAACUCUUAUGAAAAGAAUUCAAAAUGAAUUACAAACUAGGGAUCAUAGUUUUGAUCUAGUGUUAUGGGUAGUGGUUUCUAGAGAUUGUGACAUCAAUAAACUAAUGAAUGACAUCAGCAAUAAAUUAGGAAUCGAUGAAGGUUUUUGGAAUAGAUGUACUCAAGACCAAAGAGUAGCAACUAUUUAUGACCGAUUAAAAGGAAAAAAGUUUUUUUUGAUGUUAGAUGAUUUGUGGGGAAAGCUAGAACUAGAAGCAAUAGGAGUUCCUGAUCCGAAAAAAAAUAACAAAUCAAAAGUAUUGUUCACAACACGAUCUGAAGAUGUGUGUGGUAAAAUGCAAUCUCAAAAGAAAUUCAAAGUGGAAUGUUUAUCAGAGGACGAUGCAUUUGAUUUGUUUUGUAAGAAAGUAGGUGAUGAGACUUUAAAAUGUCACUCAGAGAUCCCAAAGCUAGCACAUGAAAUGGCAACAGAAUGCAGAGGAUUGCCGCUAGCAUUAAUCACUGUGGGAACUGCCAUGGCUGGAGUGAAUAAAUAUGAAGCUUGGAUGGUUGCAAAAAAUAACUUGAGGAGUUCUCAUUGGACAAACUCAGAUUUCGAGGAUAAAGUUUUUCAUAUCCUCAAGUUUAGCUACGACAAACUUCCUGAUGAGGCACAUAAAAAAUGCUUCUUGUACUGCGCACUUUACCCAGAAGAUUUUGAAAUAGACAUUGAUGGCCUUAUUGAUCGAUGGAUCGCUGAGGGAUUUCUCUAUAAAGAUGAUAUUAGUAUAUAUGAUAUGUACAAUCAAGGGAAGUCUGUUACUGAAAAAUUAAUACUUUCAUGCCUAUUAGAGGAGGGUAUUGGUACUACAAACCAUUUUCAUAGAAGGUAUAAAAUGACAAUUAAGAUGCAUGAUGUGAUUAGAGAUAUGGCACUAUGGUUAGCUCGAGAUGAAGACAAAAACAAAGACAAAGUUUUGGUUCAGGGGGAAGUAUUUUCAAUGACAAAAAUGGAUUCUAAAAGAUUGAAUGCUGUAGAGAGGAUUUCAAUAAUAAUUUCUGAGAGUCUUGAUAUAAACUUGAAUCUUCCAACUUGUCCAAACCUCAUCACCUUUUGCUUUAGCAGUCAACAAAUGUUGCUCGGUUAUUAUCCUAUUUUAUCAACAAAUUUCCAAUCACUAAAAAGGUUGAGAGUGUUGGAUUUAUCAUAUCUUAGUUCUCUUAAGCUAAUCUCCCCUGAAAUAGGUGAGUUAAUCAACUUGGAGUUUCUUAACAUUUCAGGAACAUAUGUAUAUCAAUUGCCCAUUGGAUUGAAAAAGUUGAUAAAUUUGAGGGUAUUCCUUAUGAAUGAUAUGAGAAAGAAUCAUGAAGUCAUUCAAUUCGAAGGGAUAGAAAGUCUAGAACAAUUAAAGGUGUUUAGAUAUAGCAGAGAUCAAUCAUAUGGAAGUGUUGUACAAGGAGAAAUAUCAUUACUUGAAAAACUGGAAUCCUUACCAAAUUUGGAGGAACUGAGCAUCGAAUUAACUAGCUUCACUAGUGGGCAAAGACUAUUUCACUCGACCAAAUUAAGAGGUUGCUCUCGACAUCUUAGUCUUUAUUGGAAGGAGAAAGACACACUUGAAAUGUCAUCAUUAUUAGCAUCCAUGUCAGAAAUGACUCAUUUGGAAUGCAUACAUCUUUUAUGGAUAUGCGGCCUCGUGGAUGGUUCAUCAGUUACUGAAAAGUGUCAUCUUGGCAAGCUUCGACAAGUGCGCAUACAUGGUUGUGGUUCAAUUACUCAUUUGACCUGGUUGAGGUAUGCUCCGCUUCUCGAGUACCUUGUUGUUUGUUAUUGUUAUUCAAUUGAACAUAUGGUGAAGGAAGCCAAAGAAGACGAAGAAAUUGGCUCAGAAUCUAAGAAAGAUAAUAUGUUCACAAAUCUUAAAGAACUUUGCCUUUCAAAUAACCCAAAGCUAGUGAGCAUCCACAAAAGAGCUUUGGCUUUUCCUUCGCUAAGACGUAUUGUUGUAUAUUCUUGCCCCAAUCUAAAGAAGCUUCCCUUCAACUCCAGCUUUGCCUCCAAGGACAAUUUGGUUGCAAUUGAAGGAGGGACCAAGUGGUUGGACAAUUUAGAGUGGGAUGACACAAUUAUUGAACAAUCACUACGUCCUAAAUUUCAACAUGGCUAGGACACUGAUGAAUAUUGGUAACCAAAUCUUAAUUCUUUGAUUGAUAAUGAUGUAAAUCUUAUUUCAUAAACGUACUAUGGAUGUGUAUUCCAAUUUCAAUUCCAUUUCUGCUCUUUUCUGAUUAACAAGGUUUUAUGUGUAACUUUCUUUCUUCUCUAUUUUCUUUGUUAAUUUUAAUUUGUCGCUGCUUUAUACUACUUAAUCUUGCCUAUGCAUUGUAGUUUAUUGAGAAUCUCGUUAUGCGCGUAUUUUGUUUUCUAGUUUUAGUUUUAUGUUUUUCUCUCAAUUGGACUUUACUCCGGUAUGAUUUUGUGCAAUUACAGUUUUUGCAUAAUUAAGUUUGACAGGUUUUAUAGGCCACAAUCUGCAAUUCUGGUAUGAAUGUAAAUCUGUUUUUGUUCUGUUUCUUAAAUUCUAUCUUAUCCAAAAGCAUAGUCUAGGUUGAAGAAAAUAGAAUAAAAGAUAUAAAUCAUCAAAAUAAAUGGAAAAGUGUUUGUUCUCCUUGCUUUAGAACUAAGACCGUGAAAAUUGUCCAAGAUUAGUUUUGUUCCUUCACAUGAAAUGUGAAUCAUGAUAUCAGACAUGUUGCAUUAUAUUUUCAUUUCAUGGUCCACCGAAAGGUCUUAUACUCUCAUGAUUACAUUAAUGACAAUUCAAAGAAAAUAAACUUGUACUAAAGAAACAUGUGAAGCUUGAUUCUUCACACCUCACUCAAGGUACUGUCACUCAUGUUUCUCAUUUCAGACAAUAAUGAACUCUAUUUUGGGUUGGAAUCCAAUUUUUAAUGGGUAAGAGUUCAAAAAGUGGCUUCAAAAUUUUCAACAAGUAAUCAUUUCGAAGCCAAAAGUUGGCCUUUUUUUGUCCGUAAUAUAUACGUAUACCUUAGGUGUGGAAUAUUGUGGAUUUAAAAGCACCAAACACGAGUUGCCGGCCACAGCAUGUUCUAUCCUUUGUACAGUGAAUUUUGUAAGAGAAUAAAAAAUCUAGUACUCUAUGAAACAGGUCUAAAAAAUUGGUUUGUGAUACCUACCUCGGAAAUCUGUUAUACGUUGUUAGAAUUAUACUACUAUUAUUUUAUCUACACCUCAUAUCCGGCUCCAUCUAAAAUCAGUAACCUAUCCUACGUUUUUCAUUUAAAAGAAACAUAAAUUGAUAAAUUUUGUUACAUAGUUGUUCAAACAUGGUUUGUUGAGUUGAAAGAGACAGACAACAACAUACUCUGUAUGUUGGUUUGAGCUGUUCAUAGAUUAGUACUGUAUUUAUACAUCAUUGCACAUAAUUCUCACUUAAUGAUUAGUCAAUAAUAGUAUAACCAUGUGCAAACCA